AUGAUGACGAUGACUGGCCGUGUGCUGCUGGUGUGUGCCCUCUGCGUGCUGUGGUGCGGUGCCGGCGGUGGUGGACGUGCGGAACCAACUCAAGUUCCUCCGGGUACUAAGUCCAGUGAAGUCAGUGGUUCUGAAAGCGACAAAAAUUCCAAAGGUGCCGCUGGAGGAGGUGGUCGAAGCGAUCAAUCGAAGGUCUUAAAAGAAAAAUCAUCAUCGGUGCAAGACGCAACCGGAGUGGCAGCGGAGAAUGCAAUAAAAACCGAGGCACAAGUAUCAUCAACGGCAGACGCAGAGAAGAAAAAGGAGGAUAAAACGCAAGUAUUUGAAGAUGUUGGUGAAAAGAAGGGUAAAGAGCAGGAACCGAAAGGGGAGGAAGAAGAGGAGAUUGAGCAAGGAGAAGGGGAAGGAGAAGAAGAAAGGCGAGAAGAAGAUAAGGACGAGGAAGAGCAAGAAGAAAAACGUAAUGGUCAGAAGGAAGAAGAGGUGGAAAAGAAGGAAGACGCUGGUGCCGGCACCACAGAGGGGAUGUCAGCAGGCGGUCGAGAGCAGCCGAGUUUAUCUUCCGGCGCGGAGGGAGCAUCGAAUAUAACAAAUCCCAACAGCACACCAACAACUGGAGACGGUGAUCCAGCAGCUGAUGCCGCAGGGACACGAGAGGGAAAACAAAAUGAAAAUAAAGAUGCCAAUCCGAAAGAAACACCAGUGACGGCCGCAGCCAUGAAAACUACAACGGCGACGACUGGCGACAGUGACGGCAGCACCGCAAUCUCCCACACCGCCUCCCCUCUUUUGCUUCUUCUUGCUGUUGCUUGUGCGGCUGCUGCUGCGGUGGUGGCCGCGUGA